UCUGCCUUUAGGACCUCACAGUCUGGACGGUUUAGUUCAACUUGAGCGCAACUGAAGGCGCACAUGCUCUGUCCGUUGAUUUGGGACAGGCGAAUAAAUUAAAAGUAUGAUUUUGAAGGAAUAAAAAAUCAAAACGUUUUACCUGGCAUUUCAAAGGAUUUAUUGCUUUAACAAACAGUUCCUUGUUGAGGAGAAGAUCUAAAGUCUUAGCUAUGGAUCCAGAUCGACAGAAGCGUAAGGAAGAAAUACAGAAAGCUUUGGGAUUCAUUCAGUCAUCUUUGCCUUUCCCAGAACCUGAAGGAUAUGAGGCAUUCCUGACUCAGCUAGUAUGUAAUUUGCUGGAUGAAGGUAAUGCAGUGUAUCGUGAUGGAGAGUGGAGACAGGCAGCAGUCCAUUACGGCGAGGGUGUGAAUGUAGCUCGCUAUGCUCAGUCUGAAGCACUGGUCAUUCCCCCUGAGCUGUUAGAGAGCCUUUAUGUGAACCGGGCAGCUGCACAUUAUAGUCUUGGGGAGUACGAGCGUGGAGUGCAGGACUGUGAUAGCGCACUGUGUGUGUCGGAGGGCAGUCGCAGAGCACUCUACAGGAAGGCUCUUUGUCUGAGGGAGCUGGGCCGACUCAGAGAGGCUUAUGAGUGUGGCACUGGAUGCCUAUUAACUGCCCCUCACGACAGGCAAGUCAGUGAGCUUGCUCAGGAUCUAGCUAACAAACUUGGUUUGAAAAUCCGCAAAGCCUACGUCAGCCCUCAGCUUGAUUCUACAACAUCUGGGGCAGACAGCAAUGGAGAAACUAAUUCUCAUACAGGGGAGACCUCCUCAAAUGGUCUUGAGUCUUUGACUGAUAUUGGAUCAGACUUAACAAGUGCCCAAUGCAUCCCUGCCCCUCUGGCCACACCAAUCCCAGUCAGUGAUGACCCACAGAUUCCCUCACAGAACCCAGUUUUGCCCCAAGACAUGCCAGAAAGCCCAAGCCAGGAGCCGUCGGGGCGGGUGCCAUACUCUGUGCCUGUAUCUGAACACAUGGGUGAAUGUGUGAUGAAUGAGGACACCUCGUGUCUGGACACAUUGCUGGAAAGUAUUCCCAAAGGAGCUGAGGUCAGCGUGAACCCAGUUCAGGGGGCAAUUCCCACUAACCUACCAAACACUGCUGUGGGUUUGAGGCCCCCAUACUCUCCGGGUCUCUCAACUUCCUCGGCUCAGCUCACAACUCCAUUUUUCAACACUGCUGUCAGUCCGCUCCCCCCACUGGAGCCUUUCUCAGUGCUGGGUCAAAGCGAAGCCUCUUCCCAGACGAUGGACUCCCUUGGCUCCUUUAGCUCUGGAGCCCGAGACACUGCAGGGAAGGGCGGGUCUGGAUCACUGAGCACAGGAGGACUGGAUUCCCUCUCUGAGUACACACUUCCUGGUGGACGAAUCUCUCACAGUUUCAUCCCCAGUUUGCGUAAUCAUCAUGCCGCCAAUGCAAAUGGCCCAGUCGGUACCAAUCUUUCUCUGCUGUCACGGAACCCUUUGGCUGCCACACAUGAGUUCAGACAGGCCUGUAAUGCUUGCUACAGUCGCAUAGGGCCUCGGGUCAUGGACUACCAUUAUCAGCCUGAUGCAGCGCAUCGUUGCAAGAGAGAUGUGCUGCUCUGUCGCCUCAAAUCCUCUGACGACACCACCUGGAAAAGGGUGCGACCCCGUCCAGCUCGUAAUAACUUUCUUGGGGCGUUUGUUCUCUGUAAAGAAGUACAGGAGCGUCAGGAGUGCCAAUAUGGUGAAAACUGCACUUUUGCCUAUUGCCAGGAGGAGAUAGAUGUGUGGACCCAAGAGAGGAAGGGAGCUCUAAGUCGUGAGCUUCUAUUUGACCCUCUGGGCACCAAUGAACGACGGGCCCUAAGUGUCACCCGUCUCCUUCAGCUCCAUAUGGGCAUGUUUAUGUUCCUCUGUGAGGAAUGUUUUGACAGUAAGCCUCGUAUCAUUAGCAAGCGAAGCAAAGAGAAUCUCGCUGUGUGUUCCAACCUCACUGCACGACAUCCCUUUGAUGAUAACAAGUGCCUGGUGCAUGUGGUUCGCUCAGCAAACGUGCGCUACAGUAAAGUACGCCCUCUUCACCCACUCUGCCAGUUUGACGUGUGCCGCCAUGAGGUGCGAUAUGGCUGCCAGCGGGAGGACAGUUGCUCCUUUGCACAUUCAGUCAUAGAACUCAAGUGUUGGGUGCUUCAGCAGGACACAGGUAUUACCCAUGAGGAAAUGGUGCAGGAGUCAAAGAGACACUGGCACCGAUUGGAACAAAAUUCUCAGAGACAGAAGCCCAUGCUCGGGCCGCACCAGCCCACCGGGAGCAGCAGUAACAGCAGUGCUCAUAGUGGUAGUUCUGUGGUCUCUGGAGGGAUGGGAGGAGACUGCAUUGGGGGCGGAAGCACAGGAGGAGGUGGAGGACUAGUAGGAUGCGGUCGAGGGCGCGGCCUGAAUCUGAAGAUGAAGUUUGUGUGUGGACAGUGUUGGAGGGAGGGCCAGGUCAAUGAGCCAGACAAGUCACUGAAGUACUGCACUGCCAAAGCCAGGCACAGCUGGACAAAAGAGCGCAGGGUGUUGCUAGUGAAAUCGUUUGAGAAGAAAAAGUGGGUGGUAGUGCGGCCGCUUCCUUUCUCCCGUACCUACCCCCAACAAUAUGAUAUGUGUGUUCAUGUCAUGAAACAGAAGAAGUGCCACUAUAUUGGGAACUGUUCUUUUGCACACAGUUUGGAGGAGAGGGAUGUAUGGACCUAUAUGAAAAAUAACAGCUUGAGAGACAUGCAGCAGAUGUAUGAGAUGUGGCUAUCGUUGACCAAUCAGAACCGGCGUGCAGACGGCACUCUCAUGACUCCACCCCCAGAGGAAAAACAGAUCGCCAUGCCAACUGACUAUUCUGAGUCAAUGGUUGGGCGACGGAUGUCUGGUGGUGGAGGGGAUCUGUGACCUGGGCCGAAAGUGUGCAGUUACAGGCAGUCUGGAUGAGUCUUCCUGUUCAGAUAUCAGCUUCUAAAGCCCUUCCCCACUCUUUUAGUGCCACUCUGGGAAGUACCAGGCUCUGUUGCCCUUCAGGGCAAGAGCUCAUGACUGUAGGAUUAACACACUGAUUGUUACCACAUACACACACACACACCACGUGCUAUUUCACUCAUUAUCAAACACAUGCACCCACUCACUGACAUGACACUUGGCACAGGCUUGUAGGGUGUCAUGUAUGCGAGUGCACACUGGUACUUUUAACUCAAGUAAGGGCAGUUUUUAUGUUCCUUAAACGCAUUUAUGAGGAGUUGAUGAUGUUCCCACAGUGCUUUUUUUAAACUUAAACCCAAAACCAAAUGGAUCUCCCUGACUCAAAUCAAAGCACAUGUCACGAAGGCCACUCAUGUUUCAGUCAAGUAUACGGUGUCAGAUGGCAGAUUAAUAAUUUUUGUCUGAAUUUAUGAAGUGGUGCUUAACCCUGUGUUCCUGCCAUAUUGGUAGAAGAGUUUGAAUGUACAGCCAAAAGUGGCCAUUUACAAGAGAUUUGAGAUUUGUUCAGAUGUCAAAUGUAUUUGAUGCACCAAGGCAAUUAAUUAUGGAGUAAGUAAAAAGCACCCCAACAACACCCGUGUAGAUGCUUGCAUAACACCAGUCACAGAUCUUGAACUGACACGCAUUCAUUUCCUCAUUCCUUCAGAUUGCACUGAGUGACAAUUUGGCAGUGCUUGAUAAAGAGUAGGAAUGAAUGCACAUGAGGGCUGUUUGCAGUCUGGAGUGAUCUGACAAUUUGGAUUGUAACACUUUGUAUUAAUUUUUUCUUUUCUUUGAUUGACGGUUGGAAUAUGCUCCCAUGUUUGUCUCGUUCGAGCUAUUAGAUUGGGAUUUUAAGUGCGUAA